GAGAACGCUUUUUGCUAGUAAGCUCAGGCCAGCAAGGUAUAUCUGACAAACUGUGCAGAUAUAACGUUACAUGUGAAAUGUAAUGGCGUCUUCAGCGAGACAGCAAUUAAUAACUCUUUCAAGUUUGGGUGGAUCUCACAAGGAUCAAGCAGAUCGAUAUCGAGCUGUGUUUGAAAGCAUAUUGAAAAGCUCUGGGCAAGAAUUGGUGGAUGGAUUAAAGGCCUUUGUAGAAGCUAUUGUUAAUGAAAAUGUGAGCUUGGUGAUUUCACGACAGCUACUGACUGAUGUUGGAAAUCACUUGACAAAACUGCCUGAUGACAUAUCUAAAGCUGUUUCCCACUUUACUCUGGAUAGGGUUCAGCCUCGUGUAGUGUCCUUCGAGGAGCAAGUGGCGAGCAUUCGACAACAUUUGGCAGAUAUUUAUGAAAAGGAACAGAGCUGGCGAGAGGCUGCUAAUGUAUUAGUGGGGAUACCUUUAGAGACUGGGCAGAAACAAUAUUCAGUGGAUUAUAAGCUAGAAACAUACCUGAAGAUAGCUCGACUUUAUCUUGAAGAUGAUGAUCCUGUGCAGGCAGAAGCCUUCAUCAAUAGAGCAUCAUUACUGCAAGCAGAAUCUAAGAAUGAACAGUUACAGAUACACUACAAGGUAUGUUAUGCACGUGUGUUGGAUUACAGGCGUAAAUUUAUCGAAGCAGCUCAACGCUAUAAUGAGUUAUCCUACAGAAAUAUCAUCCACGAUUCUGAGAGAAUGACUGCACUAAAGAAUGCUCUGAUUUGUACGAUCUUAGCCUCUGCAGGACAACAGCGGUCUCGUAUGUUGGCCACACUCUUCAAAGACGAACGUUGUCAGCAGUUACCCACUCACGGAAUUUUGGAGAAAAUGUAUUUGGAUAGGAUAAUUCGAAGGAGUGAAUUGGAAGAGUUUGCUGCCCUACUUCAACCUCAUCAAAAAGCCACGACAGCAGAUGGUUCAACAGUUCUGGAUAGGGCUGUGAUAGAACACAACUUACUUUCAGCUAGUAAACUUUACAACAACAUCACAUUUGAAGAACUAGGAGCAUUACUGGAAAUCCCCCCUGCUAAGGCUGAAAAAAUUGCUUCACAGAUGAUAACUGAAGGUCGAAUGAAUGGUUAUAUUGAUCAAAUUGACUCUAUAGUCCAUUUUGAGACUCGUGAGGUUUUGCCAUCAUGGGAUAAACAAAUUCAGAGCCUGUGUUUCCAAGUAAAUAAUAUCAUUGAGAAAAUCUCCCAAAUUGCACCAGAAUGGAUGAGUCAGACGGUAGAGGAACAAAUGGCCCACUGAAAUGACAACAUCAAUUUUUCCUUUGUAUAUAUUUAUUUUUCAGCUUUGUUGUAAGUGUAUCCCGUACAUGUGACAAUAUUACGUUUCUAAUCCUAAACAGCAACUGUAUUUUUUUUUAAAGUAAUAAACUAUGUAGUACUAUA